AUGGCAUCAACAAAAGUAACCCUGAAGCUUUUGAUAGACAAAAAGGGCCAUCGAGUUCUCUUUGCUGAAGCAGACAAGAAAUUUGUUGAUUUCCUCUUCAGCAUUUUCACUCUGCCUGUCGGAACUGUCACCAUGCUCUUACAGAAGCAAAACAUGUCAGGCUGCUUGCAUAGCCUGUACAAGAGCAUUGAGAAUCUGAGUGAUAUUUACAUUCAGCCAGACCAAGACAAAGAGUGUCUGCUAAAACCAAAAGUAGCCAUUUCUGGUGCUGAAGUCCCUCUCCUCUUGCCAAGCGUUGAGCAGUCAAAUACAUCCAAGACAUUGUAUAGGUGUGGAAGCCACUACGGCUACGUGUCUCAUGACUGGAGAGCAAUUUGUCCUGCGUGCAAGAGUUCAAUGAACACCGAGUUAAAUUACGUUGACCCACCAAGGGAUACCAAGGCAUCGUCCUCUACUGAGGGAGGUUACGUGAAAGGGGUGAUUACUUACAUGGUGAUGGAUGAUCUUGACGUGAAGCCCAUGUCAACCAUCUCUUCUAUCACUCUACUUACCAAGUUUAACGUGAGGGACCUUGGUACUAUUGAGGAGAAGGUGGUGGAUUUAGGCGUUGAUGAGGUUCUGAGUUUGCUCGAGGCUUCUUUGCGAUCGAAGACGGUUCUGACCGAUGUCUUCCUUCGAAACAGUACUGACAAGGAGUAA